UUCAGAUUUUGAUGCAGUUAAUAUUUGUUCACCCUAAUUUUGUAAUCGCUCAUAAUCGUCGCCUUCAUCUUCAUCCUUUGGCUUCUUCUUUCAGCGGGAUUGAGUUUCAGGCUUGAUAAUGGAGAUUGAGACUCACGACUCAGUAGUACCUGGGAAGAAUCUGGUUAAAGUCUCAUUCAAACUUGGAACGGAGAGCUACACGCUUGAUGCAAUCCAAGGUGAUACUGUUACAGACCAAUUGGUUUCGAUGAAAGAGGAAAGUAUGAAGAUACUCAAGGAGUUUAUUACAAAGCAUAAUGUUCCUGAUCAUGUCCCCGACGAAAGCUUGUCUGAUGAAGGAGAUGAGGAUGAUGCUGUCAAAUGUCCUGUGAAGCCCAAGAAGACAAAGAUUUGAUUUGACUUCCUUUUAAUAAAAACCUUCUUUCAUUUAUCACUUGCUGUGUUUUUUUUCCAUGGAUGUUGUUGUUAGUGGAACAGUUCUGUUUACUUGAUGUUGGUGAUUGCAUUGCAUGUGAAGAGCACAGCCAUUGAAUGCUCACUGAGUUAGCUCUUGGAACUUCAGCGAAACUGUGAGAACACAAAAAAAAUUUAAAUAACAGCACAGGCCAG